AUGGCGCAAAUCUUGGCCCCCUCGGCACAAUGGCGGAUGAGAGUCCCAACGAACUCAAUGGUUUCACGCUCGUUGACAAGCAAGGUGUGGAGCUCAGUGGUCCUCAAACAGACCAUGAAAGGGGCCGCUAAAAGCUCGGCCAAGUUCCGAGUUUUAGCCGUCAAGUCUGAGAACAGCACUAUCAACCGCCUCGAACAGAUGCUGAACUUGGACGUGACUCCAUACACGGAUAAGAUCAUUGCUGAAUAUAUAUGGAUUGGAGGAUCAGGAAUCGAUGUCCGUAGUAAAUCAAGGACCAUUUCGAAGCCUGUGGAACACCCUUCCGAGCUUCCAAAGUGGAAUUACGAUGGAUCGAGCACGGGACAGGCCCCUGGAGAAGAUAGUGAAGUCAUAUUAUACCCACAAGCAAUUUUCAAGGACCCGUUUCGCGGUGGCAAUAACAUCUUGGUCAUAUGUGAUACAUAUACCUCGACAGGUGAGCCCAUACCAACAAACAAGCGCUAUAGAGCUGCCCAAGUUUUCAAUGACCCUAAGGUUGCUGCCGAAAUUCCAUGGUAUGGCAUAGAACAAGAAUACACAUUACUUCAAACUAACGUGAAAUGGCCACUCGGAUGGCCCACUGGAGGUUACCCUGGACCUCAGGGCCCUUAUUAUUGUGGUGCGGGAGCAGACAAGUCGUUCGGGAGAGAUAUAUCAGAUGCUCAUUACAAAGCUUGCUUAUAUGCGGGCAUCAAUAUUAGCGGUACGAAUGGAGAGGUUAUGCCUGGCCAGUGGGAAUUUCAAGUUGGUCCAAGUGUUGGAAUUGAAGCUGGUGAUCACAUCUGGUGUUCAAGGUACCUCCUUGAGAGAAUUACAGAACAAGCUGGAGUUGUACUCUCCCUUGAUCCAAAACCAAUAGAGGGUGACUGGAAUGGUGCUGGAUGCCAUACCAACUACAGCACCAAGAGCAUGAGAGAAGAAGGUGGAUUUGAAGUAAUAAAGAAAGCAAUUCUAAACCUUUCUCUUCGCCACAAAGAGCACAUCAGUGCUUAUGGGGAAGGAAAUGAAAGAAGAUUGACCGGAAAGCAUGAAACUGCUAGCAUUGACAAGUUUUCCUGGGGUGUUGCUAACCGUGGUUGCUCAAUCCGGGUGGGACGUGACACCGAGAAAAAUGGCAAAGGUUAUUUGGAAGACAGGCGCCCGGCUUCUAACAUGGACCCUUAUGUGGUGACUUCAUUACUUGCCGAAACUACAAUCUUGUGGGAGCCCACACUCGAAGCUGAGGCCCUUGCAUCCCAGAAGCUAUCUUUGAAUGUCUAA